AUGUUUGUUGGAAUUUUCCUUCCGGUCCAAAUGGUGUUCACACUGCGGAUCGACAAACAACCGAUAUUAUAUGAGUGUCAUUUGGAAGAUUUACCACUGAUUAGCGAUCGAGAGUACAAUUAUUUAAUCAAAUACUUCGCAUUUGAUAUAUAUGCGCAAAAUUUUAUCAAAUCACUCGGUGCAGAAACUAUUGUUAAAGCUACAUUAUCCUGUCGAGGUAUGAUUCAUUAUGCUCAUCCAGAUUGGAAAGGCCAAUUGAUACAACUGGCAAACGAGUCUAUAAAUGGAUUGAAAUUGAAAUCACGGAUUUAUCUGCGAAGAAUGCGUAUUCAGGAACAGACGGAUAAUUUACUGAAAAAGACGGAUACAACACCACUGGAAACUGCGCGUGAAUGGGAAAUGGAAAUGGAACAACAAGAGCUGGAGCAUCUUUCAAAUGUGCUCAAAUCGGCAAACUGUUCAGACACUUUCGAAAUGGACAUUUCUGAAAUAGUUCGACCACUGAUUACUGUACCCAAUGGUGAUCUAAUGUAUGAAAAUCCAACUAUCGCUGACGAACAAUUCAGUCACCGUUUCACUUAUUUCAAUUAUUCAUUUAAAUACAUGACAAGGUUAGUGUUAAAACCAUACUGCACAACCCGCCUAGAGGAAGGUUCGGCAUCGCAUGUUGUCAUGCUGGAACAGUAUGGUGUUAGCCAUGAUGGAUCGACGAUUGGCACAAUGGAAGAACCACGAUUUUUUUUUUUUGUAUCUAAAGUUUCUUCGAGUUAUCUACGACUUUUGAAUAUUUCCACUCCGUCACUGAUAAUGACAUUUGCAAUGGUGUAUUUACUUAGCUUCAAACUGCGCGAUAUAUUGAUGACAAAACCAUUCGAACUUACAUUCCGAGAACUAGGUGAUCCAAGUCGUUUGAUACGACUUUGCACCAGUAUAAGCAUAGCUCGUGAGGCGAAGUUAUAUGAUUUGGAGCAUGAUCUAUAUGGAAAACUAAUUUAUAUUUUGCGAUCUUCAGAAGCAUUAAUUCGUUAUACGCAGUAUAAAAUGAAAAAUAUUAUCUAA